AACUGUCAUGUGUUACUCAUAAUCUUGGAUGUUGUGUUGACGUAUACGGAUGGCUCAUAGAAUAGUUCUUGUGCAGUGUCAAUUCGUUGAUCGAGUUACAUUACUCACAUAGCAAUUUCAGAAGGCAGAACAGCAGCGAUUUUAAACUAACAUCACAACGUGCUCACGAUCGUUCCUUUAUUCGCGCCACUCUAGUAAUUUGAGCAUUCGUCAUGCCAAUUCUGUACAGCGUGGUGGCUAAGGGUACGGCGAUAUUAGCAAAAUAUGCAUCCUGUACUGGCAACUUUGACGAAGUAACAGAGAACAUUCUGGCAAAAAAAGUUGAAAAUGACAAGCUUACAUACUCGCAAGGACAAUAUCUUUUUCACUACAUCUGUGAAGAUAAUAUUAUUUAUAUGUGCAUCACAGACAAUGAUUACCAAAAAUCUAAAGCAUUUUUAUACUUGGCAGAAAUUAAAGGAAGAUUCUUGGCUGUGUAUGGACAAGAUGUACAAACUGCACUUCCCUAUGCAAUGAAUACAGAUUUUGCUAGAACGUUAGCUAGUACAAUGAAACAUUAUAAUGAGUCCAGUCACAAAGUCGAUGUGUUAGAUAGUGUCCUUGGCGAUUUGGAUGAAUUGAAGGAUAUAAUGAGCAAGAGCAUCGAUAACGUUGCGAUGCGUGGAGAACGGUUAGAACUCCUCGUAAACAAGACGGAAAAUUUAAGCACAAAUUCGAUUACGUUUAGGAAAACCAGCAGAAAUUUGGCGCGCUCGUUGUUUUGGAAAAAUGUAAAAAUUUACGUUAUCGUCGGUGGCAUCCUAAUUGUCAUCAUAUAUGUUAUUGUGUCGAUGUCCUGCGGAGGCUUGGCAUGGCCAAAAUGCGUCGGAAAAAAUAAUUCAUCUUUAUAAUACGUCGAUGCAAUGUGUUCCGUCUUUAAAAUGUGAUAAGAAUUCAAUCGAUUCGCGGUUGAUUCGCGGAGAUACUGUAAGCAAAUGGGAAAAACAUUCACGAUGCAUCAUUUCGUUUGUUGGUUUGUGUUACGUGUGAAAAAAAGUAUGAGAUUUCGUUCUGUGACUCUGUCAAAACGGAAACAAUGUAGGAAUAAAGAAAAUACAAUUAAGAAAUGUACAGACAUAAACAUGUACGCGACACUUCUGAUAUUUUUAUUAUUUUAGCAAAAAUAAUUCGAAUAUGAUUGAUAUUUGUUAAGUGACAAACGUAACUUUAUCUAUUCGUAUUAUCUGUAAUGUAUAUCUACACAUUCUGCGAAAAAAAAGCGAAGAAAAGAAAAAGAUUGAAUAAAAUGAUUGUAGCAUUUAAA